AUGGAAGUUCUAAAAUAAAAGAAAUCAAAAAAUAAACGAUCAUCUGGAGGUUCUGAAGAUAAAUUGAUACCACCUGAUAAACAGGACUAACAAUAAGAGACUGCAAAUUUCUCGCCAAAAUAAGGAAAUUAGGGAUCGAAUUUAAAUGUAGAAUCUAAUAAGGUAGUAAGCAAUUAUAAUAUUAAUAAUGCUACUGGUUCAGAAUUUUCAGAUGUGAGCUCAUGCUGUUCUAAUGAAUCAAAGGAUUAGUAAUUGGAAUCUAGUCAAUCUAAUUCACCCAAAAAACAUAACAUGUUCAAAGAGAAGAAUUUAUAUUAGAAGCAUUAGGAGAUACUAAUGAGCUUAUUGAAGAACUUAGGAAUUAAUGAGAAGUUGCUGAUUAAUUAUAAAGAAAUCAAACAAGGACCAUAGAUUGGAAAGGGGAGUUAUGGAAUUGUUUUUAAAGGAAAUUGGCUUGGCUAAGGAGUGGCAAUUAAAUCUUAUUGCCAAAGGAAAGAUUAAUAAAUGCAUAAACAAUUAAUGGCUGAUUUUCUUAAAGAAGUUUAAGUCAUCUCUAAUUUGAGACAUCCUAAUAUAGUUCUAUAUAUGGGUGUUUGUAUCAAGCAAGAUAAUUUUUACUUAAUUACUGAAUAUAUGGAAAAUGGGAGUUUGAAAACUAAGAAUCUUAACUUUAUUUAAAUAAUUGAAGACAUUACUUUAGGAAUGAAUAAUCUUCAUGGCAGAAAAAUAAUGCAUUGUGAUUUGAAAUCAUCCAAUGUGUUGAUCGAUUCAAAUUGGAAUGUAAAAUUAUGUGAUUUUGGACUUUCAAAAAUUAAGAGCAAGAAAACUAAAAUUAUGAUUGGAACACCCCAUUGGAUGGCCCCUGAAAUCAUGAGAGGAGAACCUUAUACUGAGAAAUCUGAUGUGUAUUCAUUUGGUUUGAUUCUAUGGGAAAUUAUUACUGGUAAAAUGCCUUAUGAAAAUCUUUCUGUUACAUAAAUUCUGGGAACUGUUGGAAGGGGCCAUACUUAGGUUGAGAUUCCUCAAUCCAGUAAUCCACCUAUUUUGGCAAUUAUAGCAAAGGAUUGUCUUAAAAGAGAUCCAUCAUAAAGACCAAUCUUUGCUAAAAAUCCAGAAAGGAUAUAAGAGAGUCAAAAGCAGAAAUGUAAAACAAGGAGAAAGCUAAGAAAUACUUAAUUGAUUUUUUAUCUAAUUGACAUUAAUAUAAAUAUAUUUAUAUAACUGAUGGAUUCUAAAAAAUAAGCAAAGGGAUCAGAGUAAGUUUAAAAGAGUCGAGGCAAUAUUGACAUGUUGAUUCGUACAAAAAAAGAGGAAUUAUAUACAAUCAAAUAGAAAAAUGAUCAAAAAUAAAAGGAAACAAGAGCACAAGAAGAAUUCAAAAGGGCUGAAAGGGCAAAUAAAAUAGAAGAUGAAAGCAAAAAAGCCAAUUCUAAAAAUGCUGAAUUGGAACAAGAAUGGUGUAAUCUAUAAGAGAAAGAUGAAUGCGAAGAACUUAAUAAAUUGAUAAAUCAAUAGAAAGAUAAAUUUGCAUAGAUUAUGCAUGCAAAAGAUGAAUUAAUUAAACAAUUUCUAGAUGAGUUGAAUAAGAAAGAUGAUGAUUUUGGUAAAAUGAUUAAAGAGUAAGCCAUUGAUAUUCAAACAUUAAUUUAGAAAAUGAGAUCUCAAUUUUUUUAAUUAAGAGAAUGCAUACAUGAAGAUCUUGAAUCUAUUGAAAAUGAAUACAUAGAAGAAAGAGCCAAUUUAUUGAAUAAUUAUUAAACUGAAAUUAGAAAUUUAUUUGACAAAAGAACUGAAAAGGAAAAAUCAUUUGUUGAUGAGAGAGAAAGAAAAGAGGAAGAAUAUACUAAAGACAUUGAAAAGUUAAGAAUCUAAGGAUUGAAAUCCUAUGCUGAACUCAAAAUCUCAAUGGAAACAGAAAUCUAAAAUUUGGAAAAGUGUUAUGAGGAUAUGAAAGCACUUUAUCAAUUGAAUACUGAAAAGUUAGACUAUAAUCUUAAAGUUUUAAAGGAAAAAUAAAUAUCGCAUACACAUACUCAUGAUGAUCUCAAAAGAAAAGACUAAAAUUUAAAUAAUAGAUUGAGAAGUCUAAUAAAAGACUAUAAUGAAUUUGAUACUAAAUUUAAAUAAACAAAUAAAGAAUUAACUUAGGAAUACAAGCGUAUUACAAGAUAGUUUAAAGAGUUAUAGAGAAAGUUUAAACAUUUUGAUAAGGCUGAUUAAAAAGCUUAUGCUGAUAUUCAUUCCAUGAACGAAUUAGAAGUAAGAAAAUUAAAAGCAAAAAUUCUUAAAUGUGACAAAACUAUUCAUAUUUAAUAAUUAGGUGUGGAUUGGGAAGAGCCAUAAGAUUAAAAAGAGACUGAAGAAAAGUCACAAAUUAUGGCUGAAGAAGAAGUUCAACUGCCUUUAAGCGAAGAAAAAUUAUAAGAAAUAGUUGAAAUAUUAAUUGAGGAAGUCGAUUUCUUGAUUGAUGAUAAAAUGAGGGAAACUUUAGAAAAAGCAGAAUAAUAAGAGAUUUCAAAUGUUAAAUUGGGAGUCAUAAAGAAAUGUCUCAAUAUUGAUUCAAUUGAUGAAAUGCUUAUUUUCAUUGACGAAUUAAUUAAAAAUUGUGAAUUAAAGGUUUAAGAAGAACAACCUCAACAGGAAGCUGUCACUGAGGCUAUUAAAAAAGUAUAAAUUGAAUAACCUUAAACUGUUCCAGAUGAGGCUCCUAAAAUUAAUUAUGAUACUUUCAUUAUAAACCAAAACAGCAUAAUUAACUUUUUGAUGCAUUGGAUGAAAACUAAUGAAUAGAGAAAGAAACAAAUUGAGAAAAUGUCUUCAAGAAGAGCAGCCAAAUAAGAAACAGAAAGAUAAAAAAAGGAAAGAAUUGCUAAGGAAGGCAAAAAGUAUUGGGAAAAAUUAACUCAAGUUCUACCUGAAAAAACAUUUAGAGUUUGGAGGAUUCUAGAUAAAUAAUUGAGCAAAUAUUAUGAAUUACUUCUGAAAAGAUCUAAAUUAGUAGAAGAAACAGGAUAAAUUCAUAAUCAUAAUGAAGAAUUAAAAAAUCUACUCAAUUAAUAUUUAUAAAUUAAUCAUGAAUUAAAAAUACCUCCUACAAGAUUUUUAAAGUUGGAAUAAUAAUAAGAUAAUGUCAAAUUGCAAAAUAGCAAAUGA